UCCGGAAUCAACUCCAUAAUUUCAUUGUGAAUGAUGUCGGAAGCUCUAUCUGCAAGGGAGGACCGGAUUAUCUCAGAAUCUUUGACUGUCAGACAAGUUCCGACUCCCCAAGACCUCGGGCUGUCUGUUAUUGAGAUGUUCGAAGUGCAACAGACAGUAGAAACGAUCCUCUUGCGGGACUUUCAUCGAAUAGCAUUGCAGUUCCCUGACGAGUAUCUCCCAUACUCGGUCCCUGUCUUCCAGUCUCUGAGUUCCAAGCUGCCAAAUCGUGAUCUAUAUGUGCUAGCGGAUACUUCCCAUGGCAGCUGUUGUGUGGAUGAAGUUUCCGCACAACAUGUGGACGCAGAUGCAGUGGUCCAUUAUGGUCAUGCUUGUCUCUCUCCAACCUCUCGCAUCCCCACAAUCUAUGUAUUUGGCAAGCUGGCCAUCGACGUACAGCAUUGCGCCACUUCACUACUCGAGUGCUGUCAUGCUCUAUUUCAAACAGACGCACAGGCAAUUGGGACAAUAUUUCUGAUGUAUAAUGUAGCGUUUGCAUAUCGGGCAGACGCCGUCUGUAGUGCUAUCCAGUCGCGACUCCCCGAAGGCCCGCGGGUCCAGAUGUCGCCGUCCCCGCCUGAUUUGGUCCCUCCGUCGGCUCAACAUUCCCCAGAGAACAUCUUCGGAAAUUCCCCUGGUGAGGCUAUUGGUUCUUUCCGUCACAAUCGAGUCCCCGGCGACCUAGAGCCCUCCAGAAGUGUUAUCUUCUACGUUGGGGGAGAGAGUAUGGCGCUGACAAAUAUUCUUCUCAUGAAUUCAUCCUUUGAUAUCUACUCCUAUGACCCAGAACGGGGAUCCGCCCGCUUAGAGACAGGGAGUAACCGCAUCUUGAUGCGGCGAUACGCCAUAAUUCAGAGAGCUCGUGAUGCAGACGUUUUUGGCAUCUUGGUUGGGACACUGGGUGUUUCUCUCUAUCUUCCCCUAAUAGCGAAACUGCGCCGAGUACUCCGUCUUCACCACAAAAAGUCCUACACUCUCAGUGUAGGAAAAUUGAACCCGGCAAAGCUUGCAAACUUUAUGGAGAUAGAAUGCUUCAUUUAUGUGGCGUGCCCUGAGAAUAGUAUUGUAGACGCGAAGGAUUUCCUCAGGCCAAUCAUCACUCCUUACGAAUUAGAUCUCGCGCUCCAAAAUGAGGUAGUUUGGCCCAUUAAGUAUGCGCUAGACUUUGACCAGGUACUUGGUGGAGGCUUUGCAAAUAUGGACACGUCAGAUGAGGUCGGCGGUCGUGAUCCGAUUGGUGAAGAAGACGCUCCACGUUUUUCACUGGUUAGUGGAGAGUAUCGACAUGCUAAGCGUUACAGGGAUCAGGGUGCGUGUCUACAUCACCCAUUUACGUGCGAUUGUUCAUUAUUUCAUCUUUCAUUCGCAGAGCAAUUGGGGGAAAGUAAAGCUUUGAUACUACGUGGGGUGGUCGGCCCAAUUUCCGAUGUCCUGGCCGGUUCAACAACCUCUUUCCUCCAAACUAGGACGUAUCAGGGUCUGAGCACUUCCAGCGGAGUAAUUGAGCGGAGUGUGCUGGAGCAAGGCCGGAGUGGUACCGCUCAAGGGUACAAUGAACUAGUUGGAGAUAAUGAUGUAAAUAUGAAGAUCUCAUAUUAUUCAUAGCCCCGAAUUUCAGAUACGAAAAUGCAGAGAUGUAGGUGACCUAGGGGGAAAUGCAACAGCUCCAAUCAAGG